AUGGCCAAUAAUCGCGUGCCAAUCAACUACGUGACUCCUCCGUUUCCAUCGCUCUAUGAUCCCUUCCCCGGCCGCAGCAAUGUCGCGUUUUAUCUCUACCAUACUCAAGACAUAUGGCGUUUCACAUUAUACUGGACGCUGAUAUUCUAUAUGUCCUGUUACCUGGCUGUUGCUGCUUGUGCGCUCGCCCUGCAGGGUCGAAAUUGGCGGAUAUGUUUAGCGGUGCCUAUAGUCUAUGCCGUCACGGGAGGCCUGGAAGCGCUUCUUGCCGGGAGUCUUGUUGGGCUUGUGAUUGGCUCCGUGUACGAAGCGGGAAACUUUCGGAUGUCUACGUGGAUUCCUAUCAUAUGGGGCGGCGUGAACAUUCUAGUCUUGAUCCUUUCGAGCUUUCCAAUACCCGGGGGGCUAUGA